UCUCUCUCUCUCCCUCCCUCGAGUUUGGAGGAUCGGGGGCGUAAGGGGAGGCCUGGCAGUGGUGCUGGGGGUUGCCUCGGACUUGGAGACGGGGAGGGGAGGGCUGGACCCGAUGGCUCGUCCAAGGCCUCGAGAAUACAAAGCCGGAGAUCUGGUGUUCGCCAAAAUGAAAGGUUACCCGCACUGGCCGGCCAGGAUCGAUGAACUCCCCGAGGGAGCUGUGAAGCCUCCAGCAAAUAAGUACCCUAUCUUCUUUUUUGGGACUCAUGAAACUGCAUUUUUGGGGCCAAAAGACCUCUUCCCAUACAAAGAAUAUAAAGACAAGUUUGGGAAAUCAAACAAACGAAAAGGAUUUAACGAAGGCCUGUGGGAAAUAGAAAACAACCCCGGUGUUAAGUUUACUGGUUACCAGGCAAUUCAGCAACAAAGCUCAUCAGAAACUGAGGGAGAAGGAGGAAAUACAGCAGACGCCAGCAGCGAGGAGGAAGGCGAUCGGGUAGAAGAGGAUGGAAAAGGCAAAAGGAAGAAUGAAAAAGCGGGCUCAAAAAGGAAAAAAUCCUACACUUCGAAGAAAUCUUCCAAGCAGUCACGGAAAUCUCCCGGAGAUGAAGAUGACAAGGACUGCAAAGAGGAAGAAAAUAAGAGCAGCUCUGAUGCCGGGGAAGCAGGCAACGACACAAGAAACACUUCUUCAGACUUGCAGAAAACCAGUGAAGGGACUUAACCAACAUAUUGACUGCUGCAUAUUAAGGGAAGACGCAAGAAGGUUACAUGUUUGGUUGUCUAAUAUUCUUGGAUUUGAUAGA